ACAUCCAGAGAUUUUGGACUUGGAAAUUUGUCGAAUUUUUGAAGAAUGACACAUGAAACUGCGGAAAACCCUUCGGAAGGAGCGCUGGCGACGUUGCCGAUUUUCGACCGGGAAUUUCGAGUCUUCGGCCCGCCUGUCGUGAGCGAAGCCAUCAAGAGACACCAGAAAGAACUGCAGGCGGAGCCCAGGAAGUGGAAAUCGUUGAGGGGUUGCUGGAUGGAGCCUAUGGGACUGGCAAAGUUGGUGGGGGUGUGCCCGAAAGUGGGAACCUGCAACGUGAACAACCCCUACCUGUUCAAGCGCAGACAGCUACCGUUGACAGCUGAUGGCUCGCUUACUAUGGUUAUGGAGUUGUCGGACAUCAAGUACGACCAGUGCGACCACAGUAAAGGGAAAAACAGAAACAGACAUGCAGAGAUAGAUUCCUUCAUCGAGAAGUAUAAUGACUUAAGCCGGGACGAGCUGGCAGCGGCCGUUAUGAUUCCUAGCAAGGAACUCUUUGGUCACACCAUGCAGGAGAGAGUGCCAUGCGUUGGCUGCCGGAGGAGCAUGGAGCAGAUGUUUACGCGACUGCGGGACCAGCACCAUGUGAGGGCGCUAGAGCCCCUGGUCAUCACGGGCCACUCGGAGCUGUCUCUGGUGACGGAGCUGCUGUACGAUCCCAGAAAAAUGUACAGUCUCUUCCAUUUACACGGGUCCAAACUGGAUGAUCUAGUCAACACGCUACACAAGAACAAGAAGAAUCGUCGCUGCUUGCUGCAUUCACUAGAUAAUCACAAGACCAAACAGAUAUCGACAUGGAUUGACAUCUGGGAAGUUAUGGAGAAGCCUUGCAGGGAAGAGGUCACCUUCGUUCUGGCAUCCAGUCUACAUAGCACAACAGAGGCAUACCUGAGAAAACACAGGUUUUGUGGGGAGUGCAAGACGAAGGUCAUGCGAGCCUACAGUAUCCUGGUAGGGGAGGUGCAGCCCUGCGAGGAGAAGGGCUACUGUAGCGCCCUCUAUGAGGGAAUACGGUGCUGUCCGCGAGACAAGCACAUCCACCUGCUGUGUGAGACGGACUUCAUCGGGCGGCUGAUAGCCAGGGCAGAGCCAGAGCUCAACGGCAUACGGAGAGAAAGGCAUGCCAAGACCAUCGAUAUUGCUCAGGAGGAAGUGUUAACGUGUUUAGGGAUCCACAUCUUUGAGCGGCUGCACAAGAUAUGGCAGAGCCUGCGCGCUGAGGAGCAGACAUUCCUGCUGCUGUUUCAUGCCGGGGUUCAAAAACUGGAGAAAGCACUUGAGAUGGCUCUGGAGGCCAAACAGGGUAUGUCCAAGCUGGAGCAAGUUUGCGAGGAGAUCACGGAGGCCGACCGGCUCAAGCAGCAGAAACGGGACCAGAAGAAACAACGGCGCAAGGCCCGCAAGAAGAACAAGAACACGGCCGAGGGCGGGGAGGCAGAAGAGGAGGGGCGGGGUCAUCUUGAGGAGCCAGGGGAGGGGAAAGUGGAGCACAAGUGCCAGCAGGAAGGCAGCGGAGAAGGAAAAUGCUUGUGUGACAACGACGAGAAUGACAACACAGACGUACCUUGCAAGGCGUGCGACGCCCACUACAAGACGUCGCCCGCGCCCGACGACCCGCGGCACACAUUACGCAACGACCCAGACUACUCCAGCGGGAUUGACUGCGGGGAGGACUGCGGCCACAGCUCACGGGAGAGCUCAGAGGUGGCGUGCUCUGAGGGCAUGUGCAACCACGACGUGGGGUCAAUACAGGGUGAAGAUUUGCAAGAAGACUCUUGCGGUCAGGAUCUGUCGCAAGAACAAGAUGAGAUCUGCGUGGACAGUACAGUGUGUCAUUCCACGUCGGACAGCACGGUGUGUCCUUGCGAUCAUCGAUCGUCUUCCCAGCAUUCCAAGUGUGACGGAGGCAAACCGCUGGACUGUGUGCACUGCGACGAGGAACAAGAGUCCCAGGUAACAGAAGAAGUCGACCAGGUCAAGAAAAUCUGCCAGUGUUCGACAGAAGCUCAGCUCCGACGUGCAGUGGGCUGGACGUCCACGCUGCUGGACAUGUUAGAGGGUUCGUGUUCGUCGGACGACGAGCCAGUCAUAUCGCCCGAGGAGAUCAGACGGUUCCGCGACAGCCACAAGUCCCUAGACCGGCAGCGCAAGAAGCUCCGCGCCAAGAUCCGGCACCGCUACAACAAGAAAUUUGCCCUGCGGCAGGGCGCCACCAACCAGGGCGAUGGCUUCACGGUCCAAAUCCAGAGCCUUGUGCAGGAGAUCGGCCGCGUCACCCUGGAGUAGACGAGUAUUAUUUAUUGCUAUCAACGCCGUUAUUUAAAACAAACACAAAGAAACGGGCAUUGUGUUUUUUUGGACCUUUCCUUGUUAGCAGAGCUGUAGUCAAGUCAAUUUCUAGUGAAAACACAAGCCAGGUCACAAGAAGAAAGAGGUAGAAAACGACAGAGGAAUGCCCUUUUUCAUAGUCAUUUGAAUAGCUUGUCUCCAUCGCUUUCUACUAAAUAACAAGUGAUUGACUUAAAGGUAGAGUAGAUCAUUUGCAUCUAUCCCAAAAGUAACUGACCAAAAUAUUGUUAAAAAGCUGAUUUGGUU